AUGAAUGGUCAUAGACAAGCGUUUGCCCACAAAGCCUGGGCUUACAGUAGUCUUGACCAUGGUCAUACUUUGAGAAGGGAAACAUCACUUGACAAUCCAGCCUAUUCUUCUUUUGAUCGGAGCUACCCAAAUAAUAACUACAGCCCUAACCUCCCAGGAGUGCAGGGGUCACCAGGAAUAGGCGCUGGACGCCCUUCACGGCAAAGUACUUCUUUUGAAAAUGAGGAGCCUGCUCCUAGUAAUCUCACUCGAAUACCUAAACGUUAUCCACCUCCUUCCUCUAACUCAUUUCAUCAUCUUCCUGGUAGCCAGUCUCCACGUAGUCCAAAUAGGUUUCCCGAUUAUGAUGAAGGACUCCGUCAUAUGGAAAUGUCUGUCAUUUUGAGGAGACAGGAAAGUGGCUUUGGAUUUAGAAUCAUUGGUGGCACUGAAGAAGGCUCACAGGUGUCAGUUGAGCAAGUAUUGUAUAGAGCUGGAGGUGUAUCUGAAAGCUACCCAUAUGAUGUCACUGUUACUCGAAGGGAACAUGAAGGCUUUGGCUUUGUGAUAAUCUCUUCAGUAACAAAGGCUGGAUCAACUAUAGGUCGUAUUUUGGAGAAUAGCCCUGCUGAAAGAUGUAACCGAUUACAUGUUGGAGACAGGAUACUGGCUGUAAAUAAUGUUGACAUCUCACACAUGCACCAUGAAGAAAUUGUUAAUUUGAUAAAAGAUUCAGGAUAUUCAGUCACACUUACAAUUGGUCCUCCUCAAGGAACCAACAUCAACAACAAUGUUGCUUCAGAAGGAAAACAAAACAAUUCAGCUGACCCAAAGGCCUCUGGGGGUAUCACACGCCGACAAAAUGGAGAAGUUCAGACUUUGCAGGAUGAUGCAUCCAGUACAACAUCAACCUCCCAACGUAGCUCUGCUGGUUCAAUGAUUAAUGCUAUGGCCUAUCCCGCUAUCAGUGAAAGUGAUCUUUCUCAUAGAUCGGAACACUCCCCUUACCACCAACCAGCUAAUGAAAGGUAUUCUACUACAACACAACAUGCAGAACGUCCUAAAGAUAUGAGUCGACCUCCACGAAUUCAAAAUCACCAAUCAUCUCAAGAUAAUGAAGAUGAAAUCUACUCAGUGAAGCUGCAUCGAGGAACUCGUGGAUUUGGCUUCUCAAUACGUGGGGGAAGAGAAUUCAACAACAUGCCUCUAUAUGUGCUUCGCAUCGCGGAGGGGGGCACUGCUGACUUGGAUAGCAGACUCAGGGUUGGUGAUCAAAUCUUAGAAAUAAAUGGAUACAGUAUGAACAAUAUUACCCACCAAGAGGCCAUUGAUAUUAUUCAAAAUGGUGGCAACAGUGUACAAUUAUUAGUGAAAAGGACUGGCAAACCACCUCCCAGUUUUGAUGGUUUACCUUCUCCCACAAAUCGAACUGGUGGUGCUCUUGGAAUAACAAAUGGACCUAUAGGACACAGUUCGCCUCACAUGGGACGCCGUAAUACUACUGAACACCCAUCAGACUAUUUUCCGGAUUAUAACUAUUCUCGUAGCUAUCCCAAUUAUUGA